CGCUGUGAGAUAGUUUCUUAAGUCUUUGAGAGCAAAAGAUAUUAUAGCCUCAAAGAGCUUCAAACCCUUAAAAUGCCGACUAUGACGGUUCACACACUUGCAGUCAUAUUUGGCAUCUUAGGAAAUAUUGUCUCAGUUGGAGUGUUCCUUUCACCCCUGCCAACGUUCUACAGGAUUUACAAAAGGAAAUCAUCUGAAGGAUACAAGUCACUGCCCUAUGCCGUGGCGCUGUUCAGUGCAAUGAUGCUAUUAUAUUAUGGCUCCCUCAAGCCGGAUGGAUUUCUGCUCAUCACUAUUAAUAGUUUUGGAUGCUUUAUAGAGGUUAUUUACCUGGUGAUAUUUCUAGUAUAUGCACCAAAACAGACAAAGAAUUUCACAUUGAAGCUUAUAGUUCUAUUUAACCUGGGAGUAUGCAGCUUAGUCAUGCUGCUCACAACUUUUCUUGCAAAAGGUUCCAAGAGAAUUACUAUUGUAGGCUGGAUAAAUGCAGCUAUCAACCUUGCUGUGUUCGCUGCUCCACUGAGUGUCAUGAGGCAAGUAAUUAGAACAAGAAGCGUGGAGUUCAUGCCUAUUUCUCUCUCCUUAGCCCUCACCCUUAACGCCACUAUGUGGUUCUUCUAUGGAUUUUUCCUCAAAGACUAUUUCAUCGCAGGACCAAAUAUAUUGGGAUUUUUCCUAGGAAUGAUUCAGAUGACCCUCUACAUCGUCUACAAAUACUGCAUCAAAAAGAUAGAACAGGAUUCCAUUCAUGACGAAACAAACAGAGAUUCAAAGUUAGAUCCAGUGGAUGAUGUCGUCAAGGACAACCAACCAAUUGAACUGCAGAUAGUAUAGUGUAUCCUUUUCAACUAGGGUGAACUGUUAACUCUCCGUUGAGAUCUGGGGUUUCGGGAAAUCAACUAGUACCUAUCUAUAUGAAGAGUUGAGACUAUCCAUGGUAGAUAAUGAUGUAGUUCUUGUAAAAUAAUAUUAAAAAAUAACAAUAAUAGUGAUUCAACUUACUGUACUCUAUAUUCAGGGCGGGGUGGGAAGGAGAAAAACAAGGAAAAGCACUUUUUUUUCUUUUUUUUUUUUUGUGGAAAAAUUGUCAAAAAUAAUACAAACUGUGAGCAAUCCACCAAAAACAAGUCAAUCUUUUGAUUAUUUCUGAAUAAUACAAACUUUGGGGAAUAUCCGAUUUAAACAGGUUA